GCACUGGCUGUCUGCCCAGCAGAGAGGUCCCGGGUCUGGACUCCCCACCAUGCCGCUCCGUGCACCCACCUCUGCAGCGCUGCUGCUGCUGCCUCUGCCCCCGUUGCUGGCACUGCUGCUGGGGGCUGCCUCCUCAGCUCCCCUGAUGCCCAGACCCUCCAAGGAGGAGCUAACCCGGUGUCUAGCAGAGGUGGUCAUGGAGGUGCUGACACUGGGCCAGGCCCAGAGAGGCCCCUGCACAGAUCUGCUCCACAAAGAGAUAUUCGAGACAGAGCCCCAUGGCUGUGUGCACCCUGAGGAGAAGAGGUUGCUGGGUGGGGACUUCAACAAGCAGGAGUCUGGAAAGAUGAGGUCCAGCCAGGAGAUAAGGGAGGAGGAAGAAGAGGAAGAAGCAGAGAGGACCCACAAGUCUGAGGUUCGGGAACAGGCGGUCCACACAGAGCUCCACAGCCAGCUUCACCAGGAGGAGGAGAAAGAGGAGGAAAAGGAGGAGGAGGAGAAGAGUGAGCCAGGGAAGACCUCUGAGCAUAUGUGGAAGCCAUAUCUAGAGGGUGCUGGAAACCUCCGGAAGCGGGUGGCUGAGAAAGCCAGCGAUGAGGAGGCAGCCCAGUUUCAGGCAGAGGAGAAAGGCAUGCAGCUACUGGGCGGAGGCCGAAAUCUGUGGCAGGGGCCCAAGAGGGUCGGAGGAGAGAGGCUCGAAGAGUCCUCGAACCAUCAUCACCACCUGGAGCAGCCAAGCACCAAGGCCAAGCAGGAGGAAGAGGCUUUAGAGCAGGAGGAACACGAUGUGGAGCGGCUGGAGCACAUGCAGGAGCAGUUAAAGAAGGCGACCGCCAUGUUAGGGGAGGCUCUUGGGAGGGAGGGCUGAACCCACUGUCCUCCUUCCCCACGCUCCCUAAGGCUCAGGACUGUUGACCUCAGAGCCCCCCUUCACCAGACAUCCUGCUCCACUUCCAACAGGCAGGGACUGGAACGCAAGGAUGUGCCUGAGAACCAAGCCCGAGAGAAGUCUGAAUGGACAGGGCUGGGUUCAGGCUGAUCCCACCCCCAACUCCUCCAUCCCCCUGAGUGAAUAAAGCACAAAGCAAA